GUGGUAGUUGGUUUGCCUGCUCAACGAGUUUAUCUACGGCCUGCGGAGCUCACUCACCGGUCAGAAUGGUCUCAUCAUGGCUUUAUGUCCUCUCAUUGGUCGCUCCGACAGUCCUAGCUGGAAUGUACGGCCAACCAGUGGUCAAUCUCGAUGCAAAGACUUUCAAGACAGUCAUGGCCACAGAACACGCAGCGAUGGUGGCAUUCGUCGCGCCGUGGUGUGGACACUGUAAAGCUCUCGGACCAGAAUACACCGCAGCCGCCCAAUCCCUUUCUCCCCUGAUUCCCUUUUACGCUGUGGAUUGUGAUGACGAUGUCAACAAACGUCUUUGUGCGGAACAUCAGAUCCAAGGUUUCCCAACGAUCAAAGCGUUUCCUCGAGCUGGAAAAGGCUCUUCGAGAGAUUAUCAAGGCGAGAGGAAAAAGGCUCCACUGGUAGAUUAUGCGAAAGGCUUGGUCCCGGACAGAGUCAAGAAGCUUAGAGUGGAUGAUGGUGUUGAGAAGAGCUUGGACAAGUUCUUGGCCGAGAAACCCACUUUACCUCAUGUGCUGCUGGUCCACCCUUCCUCUCCUUCUAUUCCAUUCUUGUGGAAAGUCUUAGGCCAUAGAUUAUCAAGCAAGAUACACUUUGGAUUCAUUCGAGAUUCUUCAUCUCAUCAGGUUCUGUCCACAUUGGGCGUCUAUGAUCCAAAGGACAAGACGAGGGAUGCCACUCGCGCUGUCAUUUGGGCGCCAGGAGAGACUUCGAGGACAGCAGUCACCGAGUACGAUGAUGUGCUCAAGUUCAAUGCCCUUCUCGCGUGGAUGCAGGAUUAUCUGAGCGGAUCUACUGGAGAGAACAGAAAUAAAGCGCGGGAUGAACCACACGUCGAGAGCAACAACAACAACAAGAAGAAGAAAAAGGCUUCCAAAGCUAGUAAAGCUGGAGCUCCGGAUCCUGCCCCGGAGCCUCAGGUCGAUGAUGCGGGUUCGAGCUCCAAUUCAGCGGGGUCAAGUGAACAGGGUGUCCCUGCUCCAGAGCCGGAGGCAGUCAAUGAGCCAGUUGACGGAUCGGUGGAUGAACAAGAAACCAUCAAAGCCACACCGAUACAUGAGGAAUUAUAAGGGAUUGCAAGGGGACAUGAUGCAUGGAUGAUUAUCUGG